GAGGAAUCAAAGGAGUCAAAGGAGCACUAUGAGGAUUUUUCUACUUAGCUACUAACAAGUGAUCUAAUAGGUUAAGAUAUACAAAUAGGAGAGCUAUGAAUCUCCGGAGAAAGAGCUACAAUCAUUAGACGCCAGUAGUUAUGAUAAUGGAAGGAUUUUAGGGUCCUUACCCUAAGCACAUGGAGGCGACGAAUCAAGAAAUGAAGAGGUACCACGAAACGUCCCUAAACUAGUUUUGGUCGGCGGCGGCUCAACGCUAUUACAACACAGUGACAAGGAGUAGUGGAAAGCUUAGACUUUAAGAAAAGAUAUGGUAGUAUAAAUGAAGAAAAGGAGGAAAUGAGUAGGUUACAGGGAGUAUGAAAGGACUUCAAGAAGUCAAAAGGUCAAGGCGGAGAGGAGGCAUGGUCGUUUACAUAUAACGAUAAAGGACUCUUAUAGAUAAACUACCUCACUAGAGAAGAGGGUACAUGUCCGGGUGGUAUUACCCCGCGACUCCCUACAGCAAUCAAGGAGGAGAAGACUAUGGAUUCGGGUUCCAGUACCAACCCCCUUACUACGGAGAACAAUCAGACCCCUGGGCAUAUCAAGAACAACCUCAUUACCAAGAAGACUUUCUCCCACAACCAGAAGGGCCAUCGGAGCUGGAGUUACCCAUGGCGGCCUUCACGGGCCACUCUGCAGAGCCAUGCUACACUUCACUGGAGGAUCCGAACGAACAAUUAAGGCUUCUCGUGGAGCAGUUUGCUCGAGACACUGAGAAAUCAUGCUCCAAGAUGGAUCUUCAAAUCAAAGCCCUUGCCACUUCCGAUCCCUCAUUUCUCCAUGAUAUGGAGGAGACUGUUCAGCGCUCAGCGAAGCAAACAGAGUGGGUGAAGCAAGUUUGCUCACAUCUUGCUCAAGAUCACCUUUCUGCUGCCACGCUAGAAGAGGUGGAGGAUGACAAAGGCUAUGGGAGCGUUGAGGAGCAUACAGAAGUCAUCACAGAGAACUCCCAUGAUAACCAUGAUCAGGAAAGUCCUUUGGUUGCAGACCACACCUUUCCUCAUUUAUGCUCUAACAUGUUGGGCCCGUGCGAGGAGAUGCAAGAUGAUCCCAUUGAAGAAAUUGCUUGGCGACUUGCUCUCCAAUCUGUUCUAGAAGAAGAAGAGCGAGCAAGGAUGAGGAAGAAAGUUGUGGAUGAUGAGGAAGAAAUAAAAGAAGAGGUGGUUCUUGAUAUUUUCCCAGGGGAGAGACCACAUUUUGAAGAAGGAAGGGGGGUUGAGGAAGCAACUGGCGUCCAGGCUGAGGAUGAAGUUGAGGUGGAAGAGGCAUGCACCGGCCAUGAGUUGCAAGUAAUAUCCCCACCAAACUUUGAGGAACUGCUUGGCAAGGACCCAUUUGCAGUGUCUCUUUGCCAGACCAAGGCCACAUCGACAUCGGUCCCUCUUGGUGGACGCGAUGGUGGCCAAUCGAUGCUGUCAUAUCUGGUUUGGGGCAAUGAGACGAGAGAAGAGAAGAAGAGGUCUCGAGGGUGAAGACUUCAUCUGCAUCAAGUACAUGAGCCUUCAUCACCUGCCACACCACAUGCUCGUGACUUGAGACUCCACCUCAUCGACGAGAACCUCAACUUCAAGGAGGUUCUAGCAUGGACCGAAACUUAGGAGCCAUCGUCUGGCUCACGACGUGAAAGAAGCGCAUGUUGGGAGGCAACCCAACCAGUCGAUUUGCAUUUCUUUCUCUAUUUCUCCUCAGUUGAGUCAGUUUUGUUAUUUGAUUUUAGAGUCAAUAACUCAACCUUUGUGAGACUUUGUGUGGUGUUUGUGUUCUGAUUACUCUCUCUUCCUGGAAUGCACUGCCUGACCCGUACAUCAUCAUUCACCCUUGAUCUGGUAACUUCGUUCUACCCUCCUUAUCUUUCCUCCAUUGAGGACAAUGUCGUGUUUAAGUGUGGGGGGGGGGUGUUCAAUUAUGUAUGCGGGUGAGUGUUUGGCUGUUUGUGUGCUUGGAGCCUAGUCCACUGUCCAAAUUUUUAAAUUUGAGGGCUCCAAGUACGUGUUUCCUUGCAAAUUGCCUGCUCAGUAUGCUUUGAAUUGACAGUCUCUAUAGUAAUGUGCAACCUAGGGAGGUAGUGUAGCACUAUGGAGGAUGUUGAAGUAUAAGAUUUUUCCUAUCUAGCUCUCUGUUGUGCCAGUUGAUUUUGUGAAUUAGUGGAGCUAAGACCGUUGAAUUCAGGUGGUAAUGGUGACUCUGUUUGGAUUAUGUUAUGGACUCGUGUAUCGAACAGGGUGCUCAUAUGGAAAAUGGGAAGCAGUUGGUCCUCCAUGUCAAAAUCAUUAAAUCUUAAACAUCGGGUAAGCCCAACGUGUGCGGCACCGUUCAUUGCACAAAAUCGGGUUUUGGAAGAGAUUUUAGUGAUCCUUAGUGGGGUACUCCUACAAGGUGAAGCUAAGUUGUCUCUAGUACAAGUAAAACUUCCACCCGUUGAACGGUUUGCCUACUUGAGGAUGUGUUUUUAAGGGCACGGAUAGAGCUUCCGACCCCCCUUAAUUUCAUUGACCCUCCACACGAGUUGAGGAAAAGGAGUUAAAAGAAGUACUCUGGCGAGCUCCAGAUGUACAGAAAUUGCUCUUGCUCGACUAAUAAGGGUCGACCGUGCAAAAGACUGCAGUUGGAACCCCACCAAAUGAAAGACAAAUUGUAAAUGAAAGUGAGAAAAAGGGUUCCAAUGGUGAAAUGAAGUGAAAGAGCACCCCGGUACAACGAAUCCUUGGUUGUGAAUGGUGUGAGUCCCUUUAUCCAUGAACUGACUGUCUUACUUCUACUUUUUCUCAUGAUCCUGGUUUGAGUCUAGUACUCGCAUUAAGAGAGAUAGGGAACGUCUUAGAAGACCAGUUGACCUCGUAAGCUGCUAUAUGAUCUAGGAAAUCCUCUACCGACGAUCGGGGUUGUAUGUUGCUAUAGAGCUCUGGAGAGCUGCAUUGGUUUGAGUUAGGUUUGCUUGGGGACAAGCAAACAGUUAAGUGUGGGGGGAUUUGAUGACUUGGUAUUUGCACAUGUUUUCUCCUUUGUUUCUUGAUUGUUUGAGCUUGAAUUAUCGUGUCUUUGGCCUAUUUUACGCUAGGUUGUGUUCCUUUGUCACAUUUCAGGUCCUAGCACAUAAAGUGAAGCAUAGGCGCAAGUUUCAAAUCAAUCAGAGAUCAAUUGACGAUUCGGGAGAAGAAACUCGGGCAUGACCUGAAGAAGAAUGGAUUUCUACCUUACUUUAUGGACAAAUAAUCAUGCAAUCUUUGUAUGAAAAGAAAGAGGACGAGACUACGAGCGUCUGGGAUCAAACGGGGACUGAUUCGGAGUCCGGACGAGGGAGAAACGAAGCAUUAAAUAGAGGCUGAGCAAGCCACACGGGCAUGACCCACACGGCCGUGUGAACUGGCCAUAUGGCCGUGUGGAAAUCACCGAGGGCUCACACGGGCAGCUGGGAAAGCAACACGGCCGUGUGGCCUGGCCGUGUGAGUCGGGAAUUGCUGUUUAAAACCCGAUUUUCAGCAAAAGGAAAGAGGGAGAGCUGGAUUUUGGAUCCCAAACACCCAAGGGACGAACCCUAGAGAGAGAGAGCGACUUGGGAACAUUCUUGGAGCUAUUUUGGAGGAUUUCUUCGCCAUUGGAGCUCGGGAAUCAAGCUUGGAGAUGGAGAUUGAAGAUCUAGAUCAGAUUUCUGCAGUCUCUCUCUUCUCUAUGGAGUAACUUCCCUUCACUUAGGUUUUGAGGAACCCUAGUUCCAUGAGUUAGGAUCUUUCUUGUAUGAAGUUUUGGAUGCUAUAUUGUUUAAUUAUAAUCGAAUGAUGCAUGUUUAUUGAGUCAAUUGAAGUCUGAUCAACUUUUCCUGAUUUCUGCUGCAAUCUGAGAUAGAUAGAAUCUGAUUAGGUUGCUAGAGUCUCAUCAUUCGGUAGUAGGAGAUUGGCUAUACGAGAGUUAGCCAGUUUACUACUUUGUACUGGAAUCCAAUUCCAGUAGUGGAGUUCUGUGCUUAUUUCUUCAUCUUUCUAUCUCGGUGAAGACUAGUCGUCUGCCGGAUAGUUAGACUGAGAGGGCUUGGUCAGCUUAAAAGAUUCCAAGCUACUGUCGGAUCUUCCGCAGUUUAAUCAACAGUAAAUCAACCCAGGGAAAUACAACUUGGACCUAACUAAGGAGCUAGGGGGACUCAUUCCCGAGUGACUCUUUCCUGCUUGAGAAAACCGAAUAAAUUCCUGCUUUAUUUUUGCUUUUAAACAAGAAUCACUCACUUUAGUUGGCUAGAUAACAGAGAAUCACUGAGUAAGCAGUAGAUCUAGACCCCGGGUUGAUAAUAUAACUUGCCUGUUACUGCAUUCCCGGUCUGCGAUUACACUUGGUCGCAGAUUGGUGUUGUGUUUUGGCGUGUCAGCUGAUAGCAAGCCUUUAAAAGGAACAAGACAAGCAACGAGAUAAAUGAUGUAGAGGUUG